AUGCAGCAGGUUAUGGACACUCUGAGUAACAGCACCAGCUCCACCAUGGCCAAUGACCUGGACCUCAUCUUCCUCAAAGGCAUCAUGGAGAGCCCCGUGGUGAGAAUAUAUGUACCUACAGUAUACCUACUUGUCUAUGGUGCCCAUGAGAACCUGGAGGAGUCCAAGCUGGAGGCGGUGAGUGACAACAACAUGGAGCUGGUGCAGAACAUCCUGAAGGAGCUCACUCCCCUCACACACAGGAACAAGGCUGCAGACGAACUGGCACGCAUACUGAAGGAGCCACACUUCCAGUCUCUCCUGGAAACCCAUGAUUCGGUGGCAUCCAAGACCUUUGAGACCCCUCCUCCCAGCCCCUGUUCCUUCAUGGACGCUGCCUUCAACACCCAGCCUGUUGCCCCAGACGCAGUCAGGAUGGUGGGCAUCCGCAAGGUGUCUGGAGAGCACCUGGGUGUGACGUUUCGGGUAGAGAGCGGAGAGCUGGUGAUCGCCCGCAUCCUCCACGGCGGGAUGAUCGACCAGCAGGGCCUCCUCCACGUGGGUGACAUUAUCAAGGAGGUGAACGCGAAAGAGGUGGGCAACGACCCCAAGGUGCUCCAGCAGAUGCUGAAAGAGGCCAGCGGCAGUGUGGUGCUCAAGAUCCUCCCCAGCUACCAGGAGCCUCACACCCCGCGCCAGGCGUAUGUGAAGUGUCACUUUGACUACGCCCCGUCCCAUGACAACUUAAUCCCCUGUAAGGAGGCAGGCCUGGGCUUCAGCAGUGGAGACAUCCUGCAGCUCUUCAACCAGGAGGACCUCAACUGGUGGCAGGCAUGUCACCUAGUGGGGGGCAGUGCAGGCCUCAUUCCUAGCCAGCUACUGGAGGAGAAGAGGAAGGCUUUUGUCAAGAGAGAUCUGGAGCUGACAACAUUUUGUGUGUUGCCUUUCUCAGGUCCUCUUUGUUCUGGAAUGGGUGCGAAGAAGAAAAAAAAGAUGAUGUAUCUGACAACCAAAAAUGCAGAGUUUGAUCGGCACGAGCUGAGGAUCUACGAGGAGGUGGCCAAGGUUUCCCCGUUUCGCCGGAAGACGUUGGUUCUGAUUGGAGCACAGGGAGUGGGCCGCCGUAGUCUAAAAAACAAACUGUUGGUGUCAGACCCCCUGCGCUACGGGACCACCAUCCCCUUUACUUCGAGGAAGCCCAAGGUGGAUGAGAAGGAUGGACAGAUGUAUUCGUUCAUGACUCGCACUGAGAUGGAUAUGGACAUUAAGAACGGACGCUUCCUGGAGCACGGCGAGUACGACGGGAACCUCUACGGCACGAAGAUCAACUCCAUCCAUGAGGUGGUGGAUGCUGGAAAGAUCUGCAUCCUGGAUGUCAACCCACAGGCACUUAAGGUUCUGCGGACAUCAGAGUUCCUUCCCUACGUGGUGUUUAUUGAGGCUCCAGAUUACGAGGUCCUCAAAGCCAUGAAUAAGUCUGCCAAAGAAGCCGGAGUGAUGACUAAGCAGUUAACGGACUCUGAGCUGAAGAGGACAUUGGAUGAGAGCGAGAAGAUCCAGCGUGCCUACGGACAUUACUUUGACCUGAACAUCAUCAACGACAGCCUGGAGGGGGCCUUCUGCGGCCUGAAGACGGCACUGGAGAGACUGAGCUCAGAGCAGCAGUGGGUUCCUGUCAGCUGGGUCUUCUAA